UUUUGUAUCAGGAGAGGAGAGAGGACAGAAGUGUUGAGCUGUUGAGGGCAGUUUAGUAUUGUUUUUCUCCUGAUUUUGAGGAAGGACUUCCGUACCAUGUGUAAAUUUAGAGCAUAGAUACUUAUUUAUAUUCAAAAGAAAGCCGUUCUUUUACUAUUUAAGAGCUAUCAGCGAACGCAAGUUUAAAAUUAAAACGCAACGAUGGCGGAAGACACGGCCAAGGCGGACGCCUGUAAAGAAUACCAGUCGUCUCUCGAAGACCUAACUUUCAACAGCAAACCCCACAUCAAUAACCUGACCAUCCUGGCCGAAGAGAACCUGAAGUACUCGCCGGAAAUCGUCAAGUUAAUCGAAGCACAAAUAACCAAGGCCCCAGCUUCAGAGAAGCUCCCAGUAAUGUACCUCAUGGAUUCCAUUGUGAAGAAUGUUGGAGGAAGCUAUAUUUCACUGUUUGCUCAAAACUUAAGUCCUAUAUUUUCUAGUGUUUUUGAAAAGGUGGAUGAGAGCACUAGAAAAAGUUUGUUUAAAUUGCGCUCUACAUGGGAUGAAAUGUUUCAACUGACGAAACUUUAUGCCUUAGACGUCAAAGUCAACAAACUAGAUCCUGCAUGGCCUAUUAAGCCUUUACCACCAAAUGUGAAUAGUUCAAGCAUUCAUGUAAAUCCCAAGUUUUUAAACCGAUCGCUUGAAGAACCUACCACCUCAAGUUCCACAGUUGCUCCUGUUAACUCAGCUAAACAAAACAUUGCUGACUCUCAGAAAAACGUAACACAGGAGCAAGAGCAGUUUAUAAGACAACAGCUGUUAGCAAAACAAAAACAGUUACUUGAGUUGCAACAGAAGAAGUUGGAGCUGGAAUUAGAGCAGACGAAGGCACAGCUGAUUGCCUCACUUGCUUCCCAACAUCCUAUUCCUGAUUCAGCGGUAACCCUUGGACAUUCCAAACUACACGUGCCAAUCACAAAGGUUUCUCCUAUGCUUUCAAUGGGAACAGCAAAGCCAACUCCAGCUACAGUUAGACCCUUGCAGCAAGAAUCAGCAGAGUUAGAAAAAUUUCAGGCAACACAUGUCAGUGAUACCAAAGUGUCAAAUCGAGACCCUCGGAUAAAUAGGCUCAGCCAACAGUCAACUCAUUCAAAAGAGCCUGUUAAAAAAGAAGGCCCAGUGCAAACGGAAAAAUUAGAGAAAACACCAGUAAGCAAAAGAAAUAGCCCAGCUGGAGGACCUUCUGAUAGGACGGAAAAUCAAAUUAGUACAUCAAAACAAGAUAAAGAUAAGAACUGUGAGAAAUUGAGAAAGGAAUCCAGAGCUUCAGAAGGAAAAUCUAAAUUGGUUUCGCCAGUGAAAAAUAAGUUGCCUGUUAAAAAUGCCAAAAAAGUGGACACUGAGAGGGUAAAAAUAGAAGUCAGUAAAAGAGAUCCAAGAUUGCGCAAGUCUUCUCAGGAUAAGACUGAUAAAGUAGAAACAAAAGAAAAGAGGGCAAGUGCAGAAAAAAAAGUAGAGGAUGAUCAAAGUAAAGGGACUGAACGUAAACCUUCAGUGAUAAGAAAUAAAGCAAUCAAUGGUGUUCUUUUGAAAAAUGAAAAGGACGGAAAAGAGAUUGGAAAGGAUGCACCUAAAUCUGGAGGAUUUAAUUUUAGAUCACAUUCUAGAUCUUCAAGAUCACGAUCCCCAAGAUCACGCUCACCAAUAUCACGGUCACCUGUAUCACGUUCUGCCAGACAAAGAGGGAGAUUGUCACCAAAAAGGAGGCGUACAAGUGUUUCACCACUUUCCAAAACACAGGACAAAGAAAAGUCAGUAAAGAGAUCCCUGUCUGAUGAGUAUAAACAGAAUGCUAGUAACUGGGAACGCCGAGAUGUUAGAAAGAAAGGCAAUGCGAAACCAGAAGUAAGAGAUCCAAGGAAAUUGAAGAGAACACGGGAGGAUAGAUGUCAGGAAUCCCAGGUUGCACGCCCUGAAAACAGGAAUUCCCCAAGACGCUCUCCUGAGCCAAAGGAGAAUGUUGAAAACUGGCAUGACCAGCCAUCUGCAAAAAGAUGGAAGUCUGGGUGGGAGGAAACUAAAAGCGUGAAGCAGAAACAAGAGACUCAGGCACAUACAAAGUUUCCUCAUCAACAGAAGGAUGUAUAUCCUGGAAAUAAAGGUAUUCUGUCACCUCGAACACCAAGGCAGCAAAGGAUGAGUGUUGAUGCAAACUUACAAAUCCCAAAAGAAUUGACAUCUGCUAACAAGAGAGACUUAUUGAAAAAAGCAAAUCAACGACUAGCAGCUGCAGAAAUAAGUUAUGAUGAGUUUCUUGUUGUUGCUCAUCAAAUCAAUCAGCUGUUCCAGUAUCAAGAGGAAAAGAGUAGAUCUAGUGACUGGCAAGCAUCCCAUGUUACCCCCAGAGGUUUUAAAACUGAACUUAAAGGUGAAUCUCCAUUAGCUAGAAACCAAGGUAAAGGUGCGCCAUUGUCCGAAGCAGAACUGAGCUAUCUUGAGCACAUGUCUAAAUUAAAAAGAACCAGGGUUCAGUUAGAAAAAUCACAUGAAACAGAAUCUCGUUGGAAAACAAGAGAGGCUCAUAAUAAAGAUAUAUCGGGUGAUCUGCCGCUUAGUGUAAGAGAAGAUGGUGACCAAGGCAGCAAGUCUCCAAAUAUGAGCAGCAAUUCUUACUUACUAAUGGAAAGACAUGAUACAAGAGGUACUGGUCAAGAAAGGAAACUUGGAGAAAAAAGAGAGGCCAGUGAGAGUGGACGUGGACAUUACAGUGAAGGAAGACAUUCGGAAAGAAGAAAGCUGUGUGACAUUAAGCCUGCAAGACGUUCUCCUGUUGGCGAUAGACAGUUGCAUGACAAACAUUGUGACCAUGUAUCACCACUUCGUCAACGUAUGAGUCCUUUAGCAGAUGAGGAGAGAAACCAAAGUAACAUACGAGAUAGCAAAAAGCAUGGAGAUGACAAGUUAUCAAUUAAACAAAUGAGAAGUUCUCCUCCAAUUCCUGAAGAUCGAUACAAAACGGAUUCUAACCACGGGAAGUUGUGUAAUAACUGGACGGAGCCAAGGAACGAACAUAAAGAUCAGCGGCAGGGGUCAAAACAUCAGCCCGUGGUUGAAAGAGACCUUCAAGAAUUUGGUCCAAGAGAUGGACAAGACAUAAAAAGAGAAGAACCAAGACCUCAUUGUGACCGUCAUUCAGAGGAAAGACCUGCCUAUGAUGCACCACAGAGAAGCAAUGGAUUAGUUGAGAGUUCAAGGCUAAGAUCUGGGAUACUUGAAAUGCCUCAGAGAUUUAGAGAAGUUACCGAUAGACCAGGACAAGGAAAACCUGGGUCUGCAAGAAAUCUGGAAAAAUUGAGAACUGAUGACACCGUUGAACCAGACAGGGCAUGGCUUCGUAGUCGAAAUGGAUCCCCGAGUUGUGAUGGCUGCAUUGCUGGAUCUAGGAUGAGGUUGCAGGAAUCCCCUGAAACAGUUAUCCAACCAAUUGAUAGUCCCCCUGAGCAACCUCGUCAUUGGAUUGAGGGUAUUCCCAGGCAACCUGCUGCACACUUUGAUGGUCUAAGUGGUGCCCACUCUGGACAGCCUGGUUCGUGCUUUGAUGGCCCACACAGGGGACAGCCUGGUGCAUGCUUUGAUUGUCCAGGUAAUUUACACAUAGGGCAGCCAGGUGUACGCUUUGAUGGCCCAUGUGGCCCUCGUUCUGGGCAGCCUGCAUUGCGUUUUGAUAGUUCUCGCCCAAGACAGCCUGGGCCACGUUUUGACAGUCCUCGUAUAGGGCAGCCUGGGCCACGUUUUGAUGGUCCUCGCCCAGGGCAACCUGGACUGCGUUUUGAUGGCCCACAUCCGGGACAGCUUGGGGCACGGUUUAAUGGUCCACACCCAGGGCAGCCUGGAACAUGCUUUGAUAGUCCAGGCGGUCACCCUGGGCAGCCUGGAGUACACUUUGAUGGUCCACAGCCUGGCACUCGCAUGGAUGGUUCACAUCCUGGGCAAUCAUGUGGUCACUUUGACAAUCCAGUUGGCCACCCUGGCACGCGCUUUGGCCCACACACAGGUCAGCCAGGCACACAGUUAGAAAAUCCUGGAAAUCAUCUAGGGCACCCUCGCUUUGAUCCACACCCCGGGCAAGCUGCCAUACACUUUGAUAGCCCACAUCCUCGUCCAUCUGGUGCACGCUUUGAUAGUCCAGAUGGUCUCGGGCAGCCCUGUUUGCGUUUUGAUGGCCCUCAGCCUGGGCAUCCCAGUAUCCGCUUUGAUGGCCCAAGUUCUCGCCUAGGGCAACCUGUCACACGAUUUGAUGGUCCACAUCCAGGGCAGCCCAGUGCACAUUUUGAAGGCCCAGGUGGUCACCCAGCACAGUGUACUGUGCGAUUUGAUAGUCCACAGUUGGGACAGCCUGGCGCACACUAUGAUGGUUCAGGCAGUCACCCAGGGCAGCCUGCCAUUCGUUUUGAUGGUCCUGCUGGGACUCGGUUUGACAUUAUUGCUACACAGCCUGGUGCAUAUUUUGAUAGUUCUCGUGGACCACAAUUUGAAGGGGCUUCGAUGCAUCCUGAUCCUAGAUGCAGUGUUGCUGGUCAUUUGUUCAAUGGUCAUCCUCCAAGUUCACAAUAUCAGGGAAGAUUUGAUGGACAGUCUGGACCCAGAUUUAAUAUGCCUCAAGGAUCUCAUUAUAAUGAAUCUGCCGUACAUGGAGCAACAACAUUGGCCAACCCAGCCUAUGGAUCCGCUGGUCCUUGUUUUGAUGGUCAGACACCACUGCCUCGGUUGGCAGGACCCCAUAAUAAUGACCAAUAUGAUUCAGCACGUGGAACGUUUUACAGCAGUAACCUUCCUGCAUCAUUACCUGAAAACAUGCAUCAACUGCAGCCUGUUAAUGCCAUGACUGGUUUUUCUCAAAACCAGGCUCCUUUUAGUCAAGGCCAGCAGUUCAUACCCCCUCAAUCUUCUGUUCCAGUUACACAGAUUCAGCAAGGACCAUCUUUUGCACCUUUGGAUAAUCAUUUGGGACAGCUGGAUGUUAAUGAGCUGUUUUCCAAGCUGCUUUCAACUGGAAUUCUAAAGCCAAAUCCAGUAGAAUCUGUCCAAGCACAGUCUGAAGUGUUUCCAGAAGGCGAUCCUCAGGCUCAAGCUUUAAUUGAUGAUGAUGAGGAGGAAGAAAAUGAGGAAAACAUUCCAGAUCUUACUGGCUUUCAAAUUGAGGAAUUGAAGCAGAGAUAUGAUGGUGUCAUCAGUCGACUAUACACAGGUAUUCAGUGUUAUUCCUGUGGAAUGAGGUUCACAGCUUCGCAAACUGAUGUUUAUGCGGAUCACUUAGACUGGCAUUAUCGUAUGAACAGAAUGGAAAAGGACAUCACUAAGAAAGUGACUUACAGAAAGUGGUACUACAGUUUAACUGACUGGAUAGAAUUUGAGGAAAUUGCUGACCUGGAAGAACGUGCAAAGAGUCAGUUCUUUGAGAAGGUCCAUGAAGAAGUUGUACAGAGAACACAAGAAGCUGCAAAGGAAAAGGAAUUCCAAAGUGUCCCUGCUGGGCCGGCUGGAGUACAUGAGGUCUGUGAAAUUUGUCAAGAGGCUUUUGAGCAGUACUGGGAUGAGGAUGAGGAAGAGUGGCAUCUGAAAAAUGCGGUUCGUGUGGAUAAUAGAACAUAUCACCCAGCAUGUUAUGAAGAUUACAAAAAUGCUUCAUUUACAGAUUCAACUCCAUCUCCGAGUGAAGCUCCUAUAGAAAAUCCACUACAUUCAGUUAUUAAACAGGAGCAAUUGGAUAGUAGUUGCAAGACCCCAGAUCCUACUAACAGCUGUAAAGAUACUGAGAAUGAAGGGAGCUGUGUGUUGACAGAUGAUAAUAAAACUGAAAAAGAUGCUGCAACUGUGAAAAUGGAAACAGUCUAGGUCUUCCUUUGAUGAAGAAAAUGAUUUUUUGUUGACCAUUACAAACUUUAGUAUUACAAGAAGAAGCAGAUUCAAGAUGAAUGGUUGGAUUUGAUGUAUCCUUUUGUAUGAGGGUGACUAUUGUAUGACAUGAAGUGAUACUACCUCUUGCUAAGUUGAAAUCAUUGGGAAACAUGCAAAGCAGCAAUAGUACAUGCUACCUUCAAGGAACAUGUCAAAUUUGAACUUCUCCCCUUUUGUUUAUAUUUUAUUAUUUGAGGCAGGGAUCUCAGCAGAAGUUAUAUUGAAUACAUUUUGGUAUUUGUAUGUUCAACUGCAUGUGCAGUUCAGGUGUGUAUUACUGUGAGAGUGCUGCCAAUGAGUGAAUGCACUUGGGGAAUGAAAAUGUUACUUUUGUAAGAAUGUAAAUUCUAAAAACAAUAAAAUAUUUUUGAAAUAUGUUUUGUGUACAGUUGAUGGAAAGUAUUUAAGUUAAUUUUUUUUAAAUAUUUAUGGUGCAAUGGAAAUUAAUACUUCGGUUUAUUUAGGAAAUAAAAUUUGUUAAAACUACAGGAUCUAAACUAUUGAAAAUAGAAAUAAAACUUGAUAUUUACCUGACAUAAAAGUUAUUUUGUUUUUCAUGUGGAUUCCUGCAUUAGUAGUUGUUUUGAUAAGUUAGUAAAUCUUCAUACAGCAAAACGAUCUAUGCACCUGAAAACAAUGCAGUGUUGAAACCAUUAGAAGUUAACCUUGUAUGUACUAAACUAAAUAAACCGUCUGCACAAAA